GAUUUGGGUGCUGGAUCUGAUAGGAGAUUCACCAGAUUCUAUUGUUUCUGCGGAUUAUUUACUUGUUACAGCUUGGUUGCCGGCAAAAGUUUGCUAUCCUGCUGGCAGAUAAUAUCUCAUCAUGGAAUGGCUGACCAAAAUUGUGCAAGGUCCCAAUCAUAAAGGUCAAUAUCAUGGAAAAUAUGGAGAUGAUAGAAUAUGGAAUGAGCCUAGAGAUUCAGUGGAUGAUUCAUCCGAUUUUGACAGAGAAGAAAUUGACCGUGCUAUUGUAAUGUCUCUUUCAGAAGUGGAUCAAAAAGGAAAAAAAGUGAUUGAAAAUGAAUAUGACUUGGAGGAAGAUAUACAAUGUAUUAAAUCUGAAUCGUAUGAAGACGAAGAUGAACUGUUUGCUAAAGCUCUGAUAGAGGAAGAUGAACGACGAGAUAAAGCUCAACAAGAGGAAUAUGAACGACGAGCUCAACAAGAGGAAUACGAACGUCAAGCCAAAGCUCAACUAGAGGAGGAUGAACAACUUGCGAAGGCCAUUCAGGAAAGUUUGAGCAUUGAGCCUCCUCCUCAACCUGAUACUCCAAGUAUAUUUCAACCUUUUCCAUUCUUUUAUCCUCCUGGUUACAGGACGUGUGCUGGUUGCAAUAUUGAGAUUGGUCAUGGAAGAUACUUAAGUUGCAUGGGUGCUUUUUGGCAACCUGAAUGCCUCCGUUGCCAUGGUUGUAAUCAACCAAUUACAGAUAUUGAGUUUUCAAUGUCCGGGAGUCGUCCUUAUCACAAACACUGCCGUAAGGAGCAACAUCACCCCAAAUGUGAUGUCUGCCAUAACUUUGUAAGUAUUUUUCCCAUAUGCUUGCCUUGUGGACACCUAUCUGUUUGUCUUGCAUUGAAAAAUGGAUCAACAAGGCUCCAGCGCUCCGAGGCUUCUAGUAAAGUGAGACUUCUCCAUGUCAGGCUUCUGGUAGUGGUGAUAAUUGUUAGCAUAAUGAGCUGUUUAAAAGGUGUAAGUAUAGAGAAAAUCACCAGUUUCAUUCUCUACAACUGUUCACGUCUUGGUAAUCAGAGAAAUUUGUAG